AUGUCUAGUCCAGUAUUGAAACAUAUCAAGAACCAUAACCUUUUCCAAACAAAGCCAUUCAUUAACAAUGAGUUUGUUGAAUCCAAGUCGGGAAAGACUUUCAAAGUUAUUAACCCAGCCACCGAAGAAGUGAUUGCAGAGUUACCCGAGCAAACUCCCGAGGAGAUUGAUGAAGUAAUCAAGCUUACAGCUGAAGCGUUCAAAACUUUCAGAAAGACAAACCCAUAUGACCGUUCCAAAAUGUUGCGCAAAUUGUAUGACUUGAUGAUUGAAAAUUUGGAUGAUUUGGCCACCAUAAUUACAUUGGAGAAUGGUAAAUGUUUGACCGAUGCCAAAGGCGAGAUCAAAUAUGCUGCUAGUUACUUUGAAUGGUUUAGUGAGGAGGCCAAGAGAGUUUAUGGUGAUACUAUCCAACCAUCAAACCCAAAUAACAAAAUUAUCACUUAUAAGCAGCCUGUUGGUGCAGUGGGUCUCUUGUGUCCAUUCAAUUUCCCAAGUGCAAUGGGUGCUAGAAAGGCAGCACCUGCUUGGGCCGUGGGGUGUACAUGUAUUUUGAAGCCGGAUGGACAAACACCACUUAGUUCUUUGGCAUUGGCUUACUUGGCUAAAGAGGCUGGAUUUCCUCCUGGUGCUUUCAAUGUUGUGUUGGCCUCAGUCGAGUCUACACCAAUGGUAGGUACAAAAAUCUGCGAGUCUCCAAGUAUAAAAAAGGUUAGUUUUACAGGAAGCACUGGCGUUGGUAAAUUAUUGGUGAAGCAAAGCUCGCUGACACUUAAAAAGUUGUCCAUGGAACUUGGUGGAAAUGCACCAAUUGUUGUAUUUGACGAUGCGGAUUUAGACUUGGCCGUUGAGCAAUCUGUUGCGUCGAAAUUUAGGUCCUUGGGCCAAACAUGUGUUUGUGCCAAUAGAUUGUAUGUACAAGAAGGUGUUUAUGACAAAUUUUGUGAAAAGUUUGCCGAAAAAGUUAAGCUGUUCAAGAUUGGAAAUGGGUUGGAUGAAGGCGUUACACACGGUUGUUUAAUCAACACCAAGGCUAUUGAGAAAGUGGAAGAUCACAUUGAAGAUGCGAUAAAGAAAGGUGCCCAGGUUUUGGUAAAGGGUGGGAAAUUGCCUGAACUCGGAAAACAUUUUUAUGCUCCAACUGUUUUGAAAGAUGUGCAACAAGACUCAAAGGUUUUGCACGAAGAGACUUUUGGUCCCUUGGGAGCUAUUGCCAAGUUCUCUACAAAGGAAGAAGUCUUGGAAUUGUGUAACGACACUCCAUACGGAUUAGCCUCGUACGUGUUUGCACAAAACAUCAAUACUAUCUGGUACAUGUCUGAGUACUUGGAGGCAGGAAUGGUGAGUGUCAAUACUGGUUUGUUUACUGAUGCAUCAAUGCCAUUUGGCGGUAUCAAGGAGUCCGGGUUCGGCAGAGAGGGAUCACUUUACGGUAUUGAUGACUAUACUGUCCUCAAAUCCAUCACAUUGGGAAACGUUUAUAACUAG